AGCAGGGAAGUGCGUCUGUAAUUAAUGUGGAAGAAAGAGAAGAGGAUGGCAGGAGCAUAGGAGGAUGGAUGAGAGUGAUGCAUGGCGGCAGUCGGCAGUGGUCGGAUGGUGUCCGGAGGAGACGGGCCUUGGCAGGUUACGUCGUGGUGGAGGUGCGAGGCAGCAUUGGAUGCUCCAACAACAACCCAGACACACACAAGAUACAAGACCAAGAUGGACGAAGAUUCGCCAUGGGGUGACGUUCCGUCACGAUCGCACUCGAACAGCAACCUGGCCGCCCAAGCUACCGAAGACGAGCCAACCACGACGACAUCGACGACUGAGACAGACACUCCUGCCGUGACCGAGAGCACUCCAGCCAAGGUCAAGAGCCCGCCGUCCAAGACGCGCCCAUCGCGCCGAUUUGGAACUCAAUCCACCACACUCGAAGCACUCGACGAUUCGCUAGGCCCUCUUGGUCCAUUGGGCGAUGUACCUGCUGAAGCCGCUCCUGUCGAGGAACGUCCUGCACCACCGCGAAAAGAGCAGGCUGCUCGCAAUGCCCCUCCGACUGCCUUGAUGGAGAGUACCACUCUCGACGACGAUGGCACGUCAACCAUCUCUGGACGCGCCCCUCCCCCUGUUCAACCUGCGCCUGUCGCCGAUGCUCCCAGGCGCCAGAUGCAGCCCAGUGUUAGCAUUGAGCAGGCUGCCAAACCUUCCUUCGACAUCAGCGUUGGCGACCCACACAAGGUCGGCGACCUGACCAGCUCGCACACCGUCUACCAAGUGCGAACAAAGACAAGCAGCAAGGCCUACCGAACUCCCGAAUUCACUGUUUCACGCCGCUACCGUGACUUCCUAUGGCUGUACAACCAGCUGCACAAUAACAACCCCGGUGUCGUUGUGCCGCCACCACCGGAGAAGCAGGCCAUGAACCGCUUCGACCUGAACUUUGUCGAGAGCCGUCGCGCCGCCUUGGAACGUAUGCUGAACAAGGCUGCUGCUCAUCCCGUCCUGCAGCAUGACGGCGAUCUUAAGAUCUUCCUUGAAAGCGAAACCUUCAACGUCGACAUCAAGCACAAGGAGCGCAAGGACGUCGGCCUGCCCGAGACAAAAUCGGGCGGCGGCAUGCUGGGCGCAAUUGGCCUGUCGGUCGGGUCCAGCACUAAGUUUGUCGAACACGACGACUGGUUCCAUGACCGUAGAAUUUAUCUUGACGCCCUCGAAACUCAACUCAAAGCCCUUCUCAAAUCUACCGAUACCGUUGUUGCCCAGCGCAAGUCGUUGGCCGAAAGCUGCCAGGACUUCUCCGCUUCCUUGCACCAACUUGCUUCGGUCGAAUUGUCACCAGAUCUCUCCGCCCCUCUCGAUGCUCUUUCCGACAUUCAGAUGCGCAUUCGCGAUCUCAACGACCGCCAGGCCCAGCAGGACGUCUUGACUCUUGGUAUCGUCAUUGACGAGUAUAUCCGCCUGAUAGGCAGUAUCAAGACUGCCUUCCAGCAACGCCAAAAGGCCUACCACAACUGGCAUACAGCCGAGGCCGCUCUUCAGAAAUUGAAAAACACGCACGACAAGCUGUUGCGUGCUGGGCGUACUCAGCAGGACCGUCUUUCACAGAUGCAAGCGGAUGUCGCAGAUGCUGAGCGACGUGUCCAUCAGGCACGUCUGCUAUUCGAGGACAUGGGUCGUCUGAUGCGCAGCGAACUGGACCGCUUCGAGCGCGAAAAGGUUGACGACUUCAAGAGCGGUGUCGAGACCUUCCUCGAGUCGGCCAUUGAAGCACAAAAGGAACUCAUCGAGCUCUGGGAAACAUACUUGCUGCAAUUGGACGCUGAUGACGAUGAGUCCGCACCAUAUUUCGCUGCUGGUGUCAAUGCCAGCGAGCGCAACCCAGACCAGGACGCUUCAAGUCGAGAUGCCGCUGAGGGCGGAGAGGCACCUGCUGCUGAAGCUAGUGAGGAGACAGGAAACACAGAGGAACAGCAAUCUAGUCUUGCACCUGCCGCUGCUGCCGAGGUCGAGAGCGAAGCAUAGACGUACUUGAAGAUAUCAUGUAGCGAAAAAGGAUUCCAUAAUGCAUACACCG